AUGGAACUUUCCUUCGGCACCUCGCUGCUGCCCUCGCCCUGGCGGCACACGGAGCCGGCGUCGCCCGUGGCACGCACCCCUCUUUCCACCCCCGACCGCUUCAUCUCCGACCGCCGCUCACAGGACAACGCCAUGUCGCACUUCUUCCUCACCACGAACGAGAACACCUUCCCCAUUCAGGCGAGCCCCGACCGCCGCGGAGGCUCCGUCUCGCUGAUGGCGUCCCCUAGCCGCGGCACGGGCCUCGGCCUCGACGCGGGCGGCGGAAGUGCCGGCGUUGGCGGCACGGAAGGCGCUGGAAGUAUUGGCAAGACGCGAAACUUCCCCCUCGACUGUGGCUCCGCCGACACCCCUAUGCUGGCGACGGAGCCGUACACAAACAAGCUUGCCCGCACGCUUUUUCCAGACACGCAGUCGACGGUGUUGGGAAUUCACAGCCAAGUGCUUCACCAACUCAAAACACCUGAAUCUGAGCAGGAGCGUUAUCGCAACUCGCUAGGCGUCAUCUUUGAGGAAAAUCGAGCAAGAAACUUCCGUUCAAAGGCAUUUCGCGUCGUUGCACGAGCUCCUGAACGCAUCCUUGAUGCUGCUGACAUGAUAGAUGAUUUCUACCUUCAGCUUAUCGACUGGUCGGUGAAGGACGUUCUUGCGGUUGGUUUGCAAGGGGCGGUGUACCUGUGGGACGCCAAGACGUACAAUAUCACUCGCCUUCCAUGUCAGCGCCCCCUUGAUGGCUUUUACUGCAGUGUCAGCUGGAGCGGGGACGGCAAACUUCUGGGCCUGGGCACAAACGACGGCUCACUGGAGGUUUGGGACGUGGAGACGCAGUGCAUCACGCGACGUCUGCAGCAACACACCGACCGCGUUGGUGCUCUUUCAUGGAAUGGCAGCGCGAUUGCUAGUGGCAGCAAAGAUGCCACAGUCCGUGUGAAUGACCUGCGCGCCCCGGGGGCGUCGUGGACGCUGCGCUGCCAUCAGGAAAGUGUGUGUGGGCUGCGCUGGGCCCCGGACGGCGUCCGCAUGGCUAGCGGUGGCAACGACAACCAGCUGCUCCUCUGGGACAGUCGCGCCUUCUCCGAGCGACCGCAGCCCGUGCUGCGCCUCAACAAACACACAGCCGCCGUCAAGGCGAUCGCGUGGAAUCCGGUGCAGCACAACCUCCUCCUCAGCGGCGGCGGGUCGGAGGACAAGAUGCUGCGCUUCUGGAACACCUCAACCGGGGAGUGCAUAAACUGCCACAACGCCGAAAGCCAAGUCUGCGGGGUGCUGUGGAACCUCCGUGGCACGGAGCUCGUCAGCUCCCACGGCUUCUCGCACAACCGGUUGACAAUCUGGAAGUACCCAACGAUGCGGCGCGUGGCGGAUCUCACGGGGCACACCUCGCGCGUGCUGCAUCUCUGCAUGUCACCAGACGGCGAGGUGGUCGCCUCCGCCGCGGGGGAUGAAACAAUUAGAUUCUGGCGCUGCUUUCCCCCCUCUGAAGAGUCUGACCGGAGGAGUUCUCGUCUGUGGGGAGGGCGCGACGCAAGGUCCCGCCAACGUUCUAACCGGAACAGCUCCUCUCCCCAUGUGGACGCCUCCCUGCGUGAUGAACUUUCGCUGCGCUGA